GAAUUUCACGCGCAAGCGCAGACCACAUUCCACCCCAGCAGGACCAGGGCUGGUGAGAAUAAAUUUACUAUCUGUUCACCUUCACUUUAUGCACAUUUCAUGACAGUACAUUAUAGAUCGCUAUAAACAAAUAUUUAUUUGUGUUUUUGGAUCGUUGUAGAUGACCCGCAUUUAUCGUGUUUUUUUCACGUAGCUAUAACCCCCUUAAUUAUGAAUCAAGCUGUGGAUGUCUUGUAAUUAAAGAUUUGCUUUAAUAUCAGCCGUUUCUACAUCCAUUCGUUUUACCCGUCAAAUUGUAUCGAGAUCAUAGGUCCCUUAUAAAAAGUCAGUGAUUUAAAUAGUCCUAAGAAGCGGAAUUAAAUAAUUAAAUGCUUCGCCUAUUUUACAGUGUACACAGCACAAGAAAGUGGCUUCCGCCAUUUUAUUUUGCUUUAUUUAGGUAUAUGGGGGAAAGUGAUGCGCUCCGGCACCAUCACCACGAGUUUAUGGAUUAUGCAUCAUCAUCAGCGUCUUCCUAAAUGUAUGGAUACGCAUCAUUAUCACCAUCACCAUCGGUUUACGUGUUUAGCCUCAUUUUCAAUUCCCAAUCUUCUAAAGCCAGUUUAUGGUUUCUUAGUAGUUAGCGGUACUGAGUGGAGUGUUGUCAUGAGUGCCAAAGAGGACCUGGAAAUUCUGCCAAAUAUUGCAGCUGCAUCAUCUGAAAGCAAUGUCUCUCACACGCCAGAUAACAAUUCUCACCAGCAGAAACUGCAGGAUACUACAACAAUUGUGUUACCAGCCUUAGCUCAUCCUUUACAAAAAGCUGAGUUGCCUCAAAAUGCAGGCAGGACUAUUAAAGGAAUCAGUGGAAUCAGUGAACUAGACGCUGCAUCACUGCCUGCUCAGGUUGGAGGGACCAUUGUGCACGUUCUGGGCUGGAAGGAGAGAAUGGCCAUACUGCCGGCAAGCAAUUUAAAAUUUUGUGUUAGUGAGAGCGCAUCAUUGGAAGUGUUAAGUGAAGGGAAAACCAUCUCUUCUAACCAGACCACUAAAGAAUCUCAGACAAAAUCAGCAAAUUUAAUACUCAAACAAGUUAAAGAAUCAGAUGUCUCAGCUGAUGGAAAUGGCAUGUCUGCUGCUUCUGCAGUGGCAGAUAGACUACAGAGAGCACAUAUGGAAGUCCAGGACAGUCUGGUUCAUAGGAAAUGCGGGACAGCAGUCAAACGAAGCUACCCGGAGGAACUACGCAAGGAGCUGAGCUACCCAGAGGAACUACACAAGGAGCCAAUGUCUGAAAAUCCUGCAGGUGUUGAGAGCAUUGCAAAGGCUCUGCUGACCUCUAAUGAACAUGAAAUGUUAAAGCCCAUAAAGAAGAGGAAGAGGAGAGAAUACAACAGCCCUUCGGAAGAAGACUCUGAUAAUGAAGCAAUGGAGGAGAAAUUUGAGACUUCAAAAUUUGAUGGCAGAUCAAACAAAGGUACAGCAGAGACUAAACUUGAAUCAUGGUCGUGGCCACAAUAUCUAGAAGAACAGAAAGCUAUGGCUGCUCCAGUCCGACUCUUCCAAGAGACUCAGAGGGUUCCCAUUAUUAAAAACAACUUCAGACAGGGUAUGAAGUUGGAGGGCAUCGACCCGCAGCAUCCUUCAAUGUAUUUCGCACUAACAGUGGCUGAGGUUUGUGGCUUUAGAUUACGUCUUCAUUUUGAUGGCUAUUCUGACUCCCAUGACUUCUGGGUUAAUUCCAACUGCACUGAUAUUCACCCUGCUGGAUGGUGUGAAAGCACCGGACACAAGUUAUAUACUCCAAAAGGAUGUAAAGAGGAAGAGUUUUCUUGGUCUAACUAUCUUAAAAUCACCAGAUCACAGACUGCCCCAAAAGAGUUGUUCUCUAGCACAAUCAAAACAGAAACUGAUUGUGGAUUUGAGGUGGGGAUGAAGUUAGAGGCUGUCGACCGCAUGAAUCCCUCUCUCAUCUGUGUUGCCACAGUAACAGACAAAGUAGGCAUCCGGUUUCUGGUUCAUUUUGAUAACUGGGAUGACACUUAUGACUACUGGUGUGAUGCUCACAGUCCAUAUAUUCAUCCCAUUGGCUGGUGUCAGGAAAGGGGCCUCUCUCUUACACCUCCACAAGAUUACCCUGACCCCGAGGGAUUCUCCUGGGAGAGAUAUUUGGAAGAGACAGGCUCAACUGCAGUUGCCCCUGAAUCAUUUGAAGUGCGUCCUCCUCAUGGCUUCCAGGUGCAGAUGAAAUUUGAGGCAGUGGAUAAAAGAUGUCCUGGGCUCAUCCGUGUAGCUACAGUUCAAGAGGUGGACACUUACAGAAUUAAGAUUCAUUUUGAUGGGUGGAGCCAUUUGUAUGACGAGUGGAUGGAUUCUGACCAUCCGGACAUCCACCCAGCAGGCUGGUCUGAAAGCACAGGACACCCCCUUAAACACCCACCUUGCCAGCCGAGUGCCCGGAAAGAUGGUCCCAGGGAGAACCUGACAGUCCAACAACCAAACUUCUCCUCCAUGUCCUGUAAAAGCCUUCCUCAGCCUCGCAACACCUCAAAAUACAGCUUCCACCACAGAAAGUGUCCUACUCCAGGAUGUGAUGGGUCUGGUCAUGUGACUGGCCGUUUUACCGCUCAUCAUUGUUUAUCUGGUUGUCCAUUGGCUGAGAGAAACCAGGGCCGUCUCAAGGCGGAUCUCUCUGAUACAGAAGGAUCCAAGCGCACACUCCUUGUCUUUGGCCAGAGAGCAAAAAAGUCACGGUACCAUGGCAGGAUUGGUCGCCCCCCUAAAUAUCGCAAAAGUCAGCAAAGAAACUGUCAGACUAAUGCUGACCGCACUCUCUCUCUCUGCUGGGAGCAGCACUGUAAGUUACUGCCAGGAGUUGCAGGAAUUCAUGCAAGUCAAGUAGCUACCUGGACUGUAGAAGAGGUCUUUGGCUUUGUCAAUAAUCUUAUCUGUUGUGAGGAGCAGGCCAAAAUAUUUAGAGAUGAAAUGAUCGAUGGAGAAGCAUUGCUUCUUCUGAAUCAAAACGAUAUUGUGAAGAUCAUGAAUAUAAAGCUUGGACCUGCCCUGAAAAUUCACAAUGCUAUUCUAAUGUUUAAGAGUACAGAUGAAAGCCUGAAGUGAGUGCUUGUGAUCAACCUUAAACUUAUGUUGUAUUGAUCCAUAUUUCGCAUAUUUGGUGUGUAAUGCCUAAACCCACCGUAGAUAGAGAACACCAGGACUCAAGAGCAGGACAAACUCUAAUGGAGGAUCAAAACCUGCAGAAAAAAUGUAGUCAUUGGAAAAUAAAAAAGUAAAGUAAAGUGACUCGAUAAAACAAAUACAAAUAGAUGUUAUUUUCUGCAUUUUUAUAACUUUUUUAUGCUUUCAUUUGUUUAUUUACUCAAAUUAUAUUAAUUAUUAUUAUUUAUUUAUUUUAGUUUUUUUUGCAGGUCUGGUUGUUCAAAUAGCAGUGCUUUGAUGCUACUUUAUUUUAAAAUAAAAAUGACAUUCUGGUAAAGAACAGUUUGAUCUUAAACCAACUUGAUUUUUCAGGAAAAGGAGGAGUUUUAAACUGUAAUCAUUUGUUUUUUGUAUGUUGUGGUCACACAAGUGAAAUUAAUGGACAAACAUUUCAGGUCAGAAUUCAUUUGACUUGGUGCUACUGUACCCUUUUUAAAUCCCUGUUGAUGUUUAUGCACUUUACCAAAGGAACCAUCAGAGGGAGCUGUAAUUUAUAGCUACACAUAGACCUCUGAGCCAGUUAAAGACUUGUUCAGGGAUCACAGACAAUGCUGUCCAUCAGUAACAUUUUACAGUACCCAUAAAUCUAUGAUGUUACAUGAGAGAAUAGAUUAAAAGAUGUUUUAAUGAUUAAGGGCCCUAUUUUAAUAAUCUAAGCACAUGGUCUAAAGCACAUGGCGCAGGUGCCCUUAGGGCGUGUCCGAAUCUACUUUUGCAAGUUUAACAAUGGAAAAAAUGGUUGUGCGCCUGGUGCAUGGUCUAAAAGGGUUUUCCCUAUUCUCUUGAUGAGUAGGCUAAUAGGUGUGUUUUGGGAGUAAUGAGAAGUAAACCAAUUAGAGCCUCAUCUCCCAUUCCCUUUACGAGACAGUUGUGCUUGCGCCAUGGCGGAUUUGCUAUUUACAUGGCGAGAUUUGCAAGUGGAAAAACAGAGCGUUUUCUCCUUGCGAGGAAACUGAUCAGAUCAUGUACAGGACAAGUUGGAUUUAUAUCUUUAUGUACACAAUAAUAAUAUUUUACAUUGUAAUCCUUUUAAUAUUGGUAUGUUCAUGCUGCGCAUCCCUCUGUGUGUAAUAAACAGCGUAUACGCGUGUUCUAAACAUGCAUAUUACUAACGCGCUCUUUAAAUAACAAAAAAAAUUGCGCUGUUGACUUUAGACCAGGUUUUAGUUGGUCAGUGGCAGUCUAUUUCAGUUGCCUCAAAAUAGCAACAUUCCAACACACCUCGUUUUUUGACCAGCACGCCCAUGGGCAAUGCCGAUGGGCGUGUUGCAAUUUGCAAUGCAAUGUUGCAAUUUGAACAACGUGGCACAUUAUGUGAAAAUGAUAACUGCGUUUGGCUGAAACUUGCAAAAAAGCACUUGUGCCUGGCACUGCAUUGCACCAGGUCUAUGAUAGGGCCCAUACUGUAGUUUGCAUCUUCAAAUCCGUGUUAAAUUUCAAUUAUAUAUGAAUGGAAACCUGUAGCAGGGUCAAUUGUCGUAACAGAGGUUAAGUUUUUAAUGUCUUAAUGUUUAAACUACAGUAUGUUUUUCUUUUGGAAAAGUUAAUUAUAUACAAUAAAUAUCAUUCAGUUCAUCAACAUGAAUAAAUGUUUGAUUUAACUACUGUGGUCUGGUAAUUCACAUGAGAGCCAAUGCCAUUUGACAAUCGAAGCUGGCGUUCCGGCGGCAGUUUUUGAAUUUGUACGCAACCAGAUCUGAGUUUUACGGCGGAUGGAGAAGGGGAUGGCUUUUGGGUGUGUUCUUCGGCCUUGGAAUGCUUGGAAUAAUUACUGCAGCCGUAUCUUCCUAUUGUGUUUUAUAUUAUAUAAUAUACAAACUGUUUUGUAUAUUUGUGGGUAACAUGCUAAAAUGCAUCUGUGUGCGCACAAAGUAAUAAACGUACACAAAAUACCAUGUCUUAUUAAAUUAAAAAUCACACCUGUACACGUCAUGAUGCCAAAUUACAUUAGAAAAUCGCCCCCUGCUGGUAACGUUACUCCACCUUCAUACAUGAGUGUCAUUGUCAUGCCUAGAGGAGGCAAAGCGUGAUACGCUUUCUUGAGUGGACAAGCGUGUCAACUUUGGCGUGAUACUGGGUUGCAUACCCACACAGCAUUACAAUCAAGACAACAGAAUGUUAUCAACUGUAUCAAAGGCAGAGGUAAGAUCUACUGUAAAAGGACUAAAACCACCAAAAUCACAAGUCACCAGAGUCGUGCUAACAAAAAUGUAAUUUAAACCUGUAGUGACGACUGUUAUGUAUUGCUAUACGCCCUUUUCACAAUGACGUCACUUAACUUCCGCCUUUUUGUAAAGCAGUGUAUCAUAACAGCCGUCUUGCAACAAACAAGGAGAAGAAGAAGAAGAACUUCCGUUUUGCCGUCGCGCUGGAAUUUAACAACAGUGAGAAAAAAAACUGACAGAACACGUAUUCAAGUACUUAUCCUAGCACCUUCGC